CGGCCGCGGGGAGGUCGUUGUCCCGGCGCCGUCGUCCCGGCCGCGAGCGCCAUGGCGGAGGAGGUGAGCACCCUGAUGAAGGCCACGGUCCUGAUGCGGCAGCCCGGGCGGGUGCAGGAGAUCGUGGGCGCCCUCCGCAGGGGCGGGGGAGACCGCUUGCAGGUCAUUUCUGAUUUUGACAUGACCUUGAGCAGGUUUGCAUAUAAUGGAAAGCGAUGCCCUUCUUCUUACAACAUCCUGGAUAACAGCAAGAUCAUCAGUGAGGAGUGCCAGAAUGAGCUCAAAGCACUCCUUCACCACUAUUACCCAAUUGAGAUUGACCCGCACCGGACCAUCAAAGAGAAGUUACCUCAUAUGGUGGAAUGGUGGACCAAAGCACAUGAUCUCCUGUGCCAACAGAAGAUUCAGAAGGUUCAGAUUGCCCAGGUGGUUAGAGAGUCCAAUGCAAUGCUUAGGGAGGGAUACAAGACGUUCUUCAACACCCUCUACCAGAACAACAUUCCCCUUUUCAUCUUUUCCGCGGGCAUUGGUGACAUCCUGGAGGAGAUUAUCCGACAGAUGAAAGUGUUCCACCCCAACAUCCACAUCGUGUCAAACUACAUGGACUUUGAUGAAGAUGGUUUCCUCCAGGGAUUCAAGGGCCAGCUCAUACACACAUACAACAAGAACAGCUCCGUUUGUGAGAACUCUGGGUACUUCCAGCAGCUUCAGGGCAAAACCAACAUCCUCCUGCUGGGAGACUCCAUGGGGGACCUCACUAUGGCUGAUGGGGUUCCUGGUGUGGAGAACAUUCUCAAGAUUGGCUUCUUAAAUGACAAGGUGGAAGAGCGGCGGGAGCGCUACAUGGACUCCUACGACAUUGUGCUGGAGAAGGACGAGACGCUGGACGUGGUCAACGGGGUGCUGCAGCACAUCCUGCACUGCGGGGACUGGAGAGAGAUGCAGGGCUCCUGAGCGUGGGCAGGGGGCCAGGCGCUGCAGGCUGUGGAGAGGGGGGAGCCUCACCAGGAGGCCACCCUGCGGGGAGCGUUGCUACUUGUGUGUGUGCACGGAGCCCCGGGGGGUGCACCUGCCGAGCCCAGUCUCCCUCCUCCUCUCCCAGCGUCUUCUGUGGUGGUCUCCAGAGGCUGGCGGGAGGCCCUGCCGGAUGGGAGGGCCAGCCAGGUGAACACGGGACCUACAGAGUGUUAGCACUCUAGGGACCAACUAGUCCAGGGGUUCUCCCCACCGCCCAGUUUUUAAACACAGGAAACUAGUCUUCAAACAAAUCUAAUGUGUGAAACAGAUCAAAAUAAAAAAAGGAAAAAACA